AGUAGCUAAUAAUUAAAUACAUUUUUUCAGUGUUACUUAUUUGAUUUGGUCAAAACGUAAUGAAGGACAUGGCAAGUAAAAUUGCAGAAUUAAAAUUUGAAGCUCCUUUAGCAUGUUUUGAGGAAGAGGAAUCAUCCUCUUUAAGAAACAUGAAUAUUUUUUCAGAGCAUUUAAUGGAUGUUAAUCUUGAAAGAAAUUUCAUUACAACUCGAAAUUCGAAUGGCUCUUCCAUACCGCAUGAAUGUUCAGAUAUCAUACAAGAUGGAACAUUUAGUCCAUUCACUGGAAGCUUGGAAGAUUUAGUUAAUACAUUUGAUGAAAAAAUUACUUCUUGCUUUAGAGAUUUUGGAACCAAUGUAGAAUCUCUUGCACCAGUGCAAGUUCGUUCUCAAGAGGAAAUUAUGAAUGAAUGCCAAAUGUGGUGGACUAUAACUGGAACAUUUGGUAAUAUACUACCCAUAGAUUGGAGUAAAUCUUAUACACGAAAAAUGCAUGUACCAGCUCUUAAUCUAAAUAAGUCAUCUAAAUCUAUUAAUGGAACAGGAUUAGAAGAUUUAAGUAGUGAAGAUGAAGCCGUAGCUACAGAUUUAGAUAUGCAUGCAUUAAUAUUAUCAAGCCGUAAUGAUAAUUACAAUGUGGAAGAAGCAGUAAAAACUGCUGAUGAGGUUUUGAAAGAAAUUGAUGAUAUUAUGGAAGAAAGUCCAUCAUCAGAUACAUUGUUUAAUUCAGAAUCUCUUCUUGAAAUAAAUGAAGCUCUUGAAAGAAGUCGAGAAGUCCUCUCAUCACCACUUCAUGAGAAGAGAUUACAGCAGUAUUCUUUAAAACAGUUGUCUGAUUUGUUAAAUGAAAUGGACUCUCUAAUAUCUGCUUUGAGUGAAACAUUAAUAAGUGAGCUUGCCUUAAGAGAUGAGCUAGAAUAUGAGAAGGAACUUAAGAAUCAAUUUAUAUCACUUCUUCUUGCAGUUCAAAAUCGUAGAAGGCAGCACCAUGUUACAAAAAAACGAAAUCAAUUACAAAAUGGUACCAGUCCUUUACUUCAACGCAAAUUAACUCAAGAUUCAAAGUACUUGACAACUGUUAUUCCAUACCACACAGAAAAUACUCUUCUAGAUAAUCAGUCAUUGCAAGUAUUAAUCAAAAUUCUCAAGGCAAUCAAUGAAGAUAGUCCGGCACUUCCAUCAUUAUUAACAGAUUAUAUUUUAAAAGUUUUGUGCCCGACUUAAAAGGACUUCUACAAUAAUUUAUCUGCUUGCUGUAUUCUAAGUCUAUACCUGGUUGAUUAUGUUUCUGCUUGUAGAAAUGUAUCAAAGAAAUAUUCGUGUGUAUAUUACAUGCAUUAAUGAAACAGAUGAAGAAGAUAUUUGAAAAAUCAGCUUUGAUGUAGUUAAACACUAAAAUCGAACUUUUUUCUAAUUAUUAAUUAUCUAGUCCAUUUUCUAUUAUUUUUAA